CAGACGGGAACGCGCUGCGCGCUCUCGCGCUCGGCUCAGUGACUCAGUGGAAGCCGCGCGCAGCUGCUCUCCGAAACCAAGCGUCACCUUACCGGCCAAAAACAUGUCCAAACUGGAGCAGAUCCUCAUCCUAGAUCCCCCCAACGACCUGAGGUUCAAAGGUCCUUUCACAGAUGUCGUCACUUCCUACCUGAAACUAAAGAAUCCGUCAGACAAGAAAGUAUGUUUCAAAGUGAAGACGACAGCGCCGCGCAGAUACUGCGUACGGCCGAACAGCGGCAUCAUCGACCCCGGGGCCACGCUCGCUAUUUCAGUUAUGCUGCAGCCGUUUGAUUACGACCCCAAUGAGAAAAGUAAACACAAGUUCAUGGUACAGACCAUCUUCGCCCCCGCAGCCAUCACAGACACAGAAGCCAUGUGGAAAGACGCGAAACCCGAUGAGCUCAUGGAUUCCAAACUCAGAUGCGUCUUUGAGCUGCCGUCUGAAAACGAUAAAGUGAACGACGUUGACUCUGUGUCUAAAUCUGUGCCGGUUCUGAACUCGUCCAAAGUGGAAGGGUCGGCGGCAGCGAAAUCCGUCAGCUCUGCUCUGGACGACUCGGAGAUGAAGAAGGUCAUGGAUGAGUGCAAACGCUUGCAGACGGAGGUCAGCAAGCUGAGCGACGAGAAUCGCCAGCUUAAGGACGAGGGUUUGAGACUGAGGAAGUUCCAGCGCAGCGAACACGUCACGAGCAACUCCAGCUCGGCGAUGGGCCGCGAGUCGAAGGCCGGCUCCCUCCCCUCGCUGCUGGUGGUGAUCGCGGCCAUCUUCAUCGGAUUCUUCCUGGGCAAGUUCGUCCUGUAAGGCGGAGGACGGGAGCGUCACGGGCGGUCGGCGCGGCCGGCGACUCCAUCUCUCUUUGUUUCGGUUCAUUUGCUGUUUUCUGUUGAGGGACGGCCGGACGGAUGUUAGAGCCAUGAACUGCUUGAUUAGGAAUCCAGCGAGAUCUGAAAGUCUUCCCUCAAACUCGUUUCGUUUCACUCAAACUCAAUGGAAAGUGUAAAUGUGGUUUUAAUCGUUCGUCCAGACGAAGGAAGAGCUUCGAGCGUCUGUUUGUGGACGCCGGACGCGUCGACCCUUCUUCACCAGAGACACACGUGCCUCCUUCUGUACAUGCGUUCUGUUUCUGUUCCUAACAAUACCAACGCAGACUGUUUUAUUACUGUAAUUAUCAUUUAUUAAUUAUAUUAUUAAUGUAAUUUCUCUCAGAGCAGCAUUUAUCCACACAGACAUUCACUGAUGUCUUCACUUUACUGUCUCAUACUAGACCACAUUCAAGAAAUAAAACAAAAGAAAAAAAUUAAA